GUUUAGAUUACUAACAAAUUUUUUCCAGCUGUUCUGAGCUUUUUGUUUGAAUAUUAGAUUAAUUUUUAACCGACUUCAAAAAAGGAGGAGGUUCUCAAUUCGUCGCAAUAUUUUUUUUUAUGUAUGUUCAGCGAUAAUUCUUUCAACACGGUGUCCGAUUUCAAUGAUUCUUUUUUUGUUGGUAAGGGGUACCUCAGGGGUGGUCCCAUAUAAAUUUGGUUAAGAUGUGGUGAUGGCAUCUGCACGUUUUUGAAGUCGGUUUUUUUUAAUUUUUAAUACUUGUGGCCUGCAGAUUUUUAUAAAAAAUGAAAUUGUCAAAAUUCGAUGUGUGACUAUAGUUGCAUGAAGCUACCUUUCUACUCUCAACUAAAUCGGAACCCUCAAAGUCGCAUGCUGGAAGGAACCUUGAAGGAGUAAAAGGAUUGUUUCUGGGCAUAGAUAAAUCUGCAGCUACCGUGACAGCUUCAAUGAAAUUUGGGAAUGAAGUGGAUUCAGAUACUUUAUUUACUGGAUAGUUACAGAAUCAACAAAUGUGUCAAAAAAUAAAAUAUGGCAAAACCUACAACUAUCAAAGAAGCUAUAAAAAGAUGGGAAGAAAAAAAUUCUGGUAAAAAAAUUAUUGAUGCAGAAGAAAUUGGAUUUCAAUUUCAAUGGCCACCCAUUGAAAAAAUGGACAAUACUCUCUCUUCGCUAAUAAAUACUAAAAAACUCAGCCUUUCAACAAAUAUGAUUGAAAAGAUUACAGGUAUAAGUGGUAUGAAAAACUUAAAAAUUCUCUCUUUGGCCAGAAACUACAUCAAGACGUUUUCUGGAUUGGAAGGAGUAGCAGAUACAUUGGAGCAAUUGUGGAUAUCAUACAAUAUUAUUGAAAAAACCAAAGGAGUAGGCGCACUGAAGAAACUUAAAGUUUUGUAUAUUGGAAAUAAUGUUAUAAAAGAUUGGGGAGAAUUCAAUAAAUUUCAAGAAUUGACUUCAUUGGAAGAUUUGUUAUUUGUGGGAAAUCCACUUUCUGAAAAUACAGAUGAAACCGUUUUUCGAACAGAAGUAGCUAAACGAUUGCCAAAUUUAAGAAAACUGGAUGGUGAACCUAUACUUAGAGAAGAAGAAUAG